AUGGCUAAUGGUUAUACUACUGGGUAUAACCAAUUUAGCUAUUGUGAUGAUCCCGAUGAUGCUAUUAUCGAUGAAAGUUUUAUGCCAAUGGAAUUACGAGGAAAAAAAUGGAAAACCGAAAGAGCGCUCGGCGAAGGUAGUUACUUUAAAGUAUAUCUUGUAACAAAUGAUGACGGAUUAAAGUAUGCGAUGCGAUGGAACCGUAAAGAGGAUCGCAGUAUUGCAGAAAACAAAGAAAAUGAAGAACGUCAGAUGGAAACUGCUCUAUUCAUGAAAAAUAAUCUCAAAAAUGCUUUACAAUUAAACGAAGUUAUUGGCCAUCAUCCUAAUAUUGUAAGACUAAUUGGUUUCCGUAAAGUUAACUUAUCUACUCAAAGAAUUAUGGAAUAUGUCGAUGGCGGUGAUCUUCACGACUUCAUAGAAGCGAGUUAUUCUCAAAGAAACCGACAAAUGGGAAUCAGAAAAGUGCGAUCGCUGUUUAGUGAUCUGUUAAAGGCAGUGAAACAUAUUCACGGUUUGUGCAUAGCUCAUAUGGAUAUAAAGAAUUACAAUAAGAGGGAAACAUUCUCAGAAACUGCAAUGAUUACAUCCGCUGAUUUAGGAAAUUUGAAAUUGACCGACUUUGAUGAAGCGAUAUAUUUCGAACCCGGAAAAAAAAUGCGUUGUCCGGUUUAUGCAACGACAGCAUAUGCUGCGCCGGAAACGUUUAAUAGGGAAUACAGGCCAGAUUGCGCGGAUAUUUGGGCAUGCGGCAUCGUCUUAUA